UCCACUUUGAUACAUAGAUUAUUUAGAAGUAUAUUUUGCUAACCAUGGUUGCCAUGGAGCUGUCUCGUUUCUCGUUCAGUCGUCAUCGUCCGUUUCUGGCUCGGUGUCCGAGUCGGGCUGAAGCUGCGGAGGCCGUUGCGCUCGGCGAGGACGAAGCACCGGCGACUCCAUGCCGUCUUGGUCGAGAAAUGCCAGCGUCGCCGCUUCGGCCGCAUGGAACACGUGUUGCAGUGCUGGCACGAACGCUUGCCACGUCAUCAACGCCAACUGGCCCAACGACAACACCAACGGUGCCUUGACAACCAAUUCGCACGCUUGGUGAGGGAGGUGGGCCAGCGCUUCGUGCAGCUCCAUGUCGUUGGCGAUGCGCACAACAUCCCCAUCCACAUCCGUGUACUCGAUGUGGCACGUCGACGCCGUAGCGAGGCUGUGCAGCUGAAACAUGAAUGCUACCAAAGAUUGGAGCUCCACAAACGUGAUGUCAGGGGAGAUGGUAGCCCAGUGGCACUGUCCAGACGCGAAAUGACGGAUGCACACGGUGCGGCGGGGCGAGCUUGCUGCCAUGUUCUCCAGUAAUGGAAAAAGGUAUCGAC